UCUCUUUAUCUUAUCAUGCCUUUUUCUUUAAUAAAAAACAUCGAAGCGAUUCAUAUUCUUUACAUAUUAGUCCUAUUAUUUGGCAUUUGGCAAGCUGUGCAGAGAGGGGUCGAAAUUCUGUUAAACGACAUCCCUUCUCUGUUCCUCUCUCUCUCUCUCUCUCUUCUUUGACGACUUUGAUCUUUUUCUUUUCCGUGGGAGUGUGGAGACUGGAGACUGGAGACUGGAGAUCUCUCCUUUUCGUUCAAACUCCACUUGUCCCACCUACUCCAAUUAGGCCUCUAAGUCCUAGCUUCUCCCUCCCCCACUCCGACGUCCGACCCCUGCAUUAUUUUUCCUUUCUUACUGCUCUCUCUCACAGCAAAAGCCUCCAAACAUUUCUUCCCUCCUUUCGUUUUUUUUUUUUCUCUGUUUAAAAGAAAAGGAUGAUUCAGUAAAAGUCGAUAUCGGUUGUUUCUUUCUUCAAUAUAUUUUCAGAUCACAGGGAUCUUGCAGACUCCUAGAAAAUUUUAGCUUUCUGUUCAUCUAAAGAGCUGCAUUUCUUACUUCACUUAUCCGGGUGACUGAUUUCACUAGUCAAUAGAUAUUCCGGCUUCUCGCAGAAACCACCAAUGCGGUUCUCGUGGGUUUAACUGCUUCCAACAUUCUUGUAUUAUUUUUGUAGGGAAUAGGGAUAUUUUCCGAAAGAUGCAUCUUUCUUGUUUAAGUUCCGGAAUCUAAAGGAGCCUUUAGAAAGUUUGGAUCUUUUACCCUCUUCCUUUUCCAAGAACAUGGCGGCCGAGAUUGAAAAGCCGGGCUCCAAAGGCCAGGCAUGGUUCUGUACCACGGGAUUACCUAGCGAUAUUGUCAUCGAAGUCGACGAUAUGACUUUCCACCUCCAUAAGUUCCCUCUGAUGGCGAAAAGCAGAAAGCUUCAUCUGAUGAUAACCGAACAAGAAGCGAACCUUGCUAGAAGACGAGAAGAACUCGAACAAGAAGCAGACGAAGAUGAUGACGAAGGCGAUAUUGAGAUUGAAGAAGAACCGUGCUACAUAUCUCUCCCGGAUUUUCCGGGCGGUUCUGAGACUUUCGAGACCGCCGCUAAGUUCUGUUACGGCGUCAAGAUCGACUUCACAGCUUGGAACGUGGCUCCUCUUCGCUGCGCCGGAGACCAUCUCGAGAUGACCGAGGACUUCUCAGAGCAUAACCUUAUCUCCAAGACCGAAAGGUUCCUCACUCACUCGGUUCUGAGGAACAUAAAAGAAUCACUGAAAACCUUAAAAUCCUGUGAAGCAUUGAUACCUCUGGCGGAGGAGCUGAACAUCCCCCAGAGAUGCAUCGAUUCAAUCGCAGCGAGGGCUUCUUCAACCGAUCCAUCGCUCUUCGGAUGGCCGGUAAACGAGGGAGCCGGCACAGGCUCAGCUAGGUCUCAGAUUUUAUGGAACGGAAUCGAGACGGGAACACGCAGAAGGAAUGGAAGCAAGAGCACCACAGCCAGCAAUGCCGAACCCUUGUCCGAGGAUCUAGGCAUUUUGAGCUUGCCGGUAUUCAAGCAACUGGUUUCCACCAUGAAAUCGAGAGACCUAAGCUCGGAUAUCAUGGAAAGCUGUCUGCUAUCGUAUGCUAAGAGAUCGAUUCCAGGUCUAUCGCGUUCCAACAGGAAGCCACCCUCGGCAACCAUAACUUCGGAUGCGGAGCAGAGAGAGCUGUUGGAGACCGUAAUUACGAAUCUGCCCCAAGGGAGGAGCUGGAAGUCGCGGUCGGGAUCAUCUACAAUGACGCGGUUGCUAUUUGGAUUGUUAAGGACGGCAAACAUAUUAAACGCUUCGGAAGCUUGUCGAGGAGCGUUGGAAAGGAAGAUCGCGUCGCAGCUGGAACAGGCCACGUUGGAUGAUCUGUUGAUCCCGAGCUACUCAUAUCUGAUAGAGACGCUAUACGACGUAGAUUGUGUGGAGAGAAUAUUGGGGUAUUUCUUGGAGGGGUUGGAGACUGGAAUGGACGAUGACGAUGAAGUGGAGGGAGGGAAAACACCGGGAGUAAAUCCGGUGAUGUUGGUAGGGAAAUUGAUGGAUGGGUACUUGUCGGAGAUCGCAUCCGACGCCAACCUGAAGCCGGAAAAGUUUUGGGAACUGGCUGUCGCACUUCCCGACCAAGCCAGGCUCUAUGAUGACGGCCUCUACAGAGCCAUUGAUGUUUAUCUCAAGGCGCAUCCAUGGAUAACGGAGGAAGAGCGAGAAAAGAUAUGUGGAGUGAUGGAUUGCCAGAAGUUGACGUUAGAGGCGUGCACCCACGCAGCACAGAACGAGCGCCUCCCCUUAAGGGCAGUGGUUCAGGUUCUGUUUUUCGAGCAGCUUCAGCUCCGCCAUGCCAUCACCGGCUCUCUCUUCACUGCUGACAUUGUCCAGCCAGAUUCCGCCCGACCAUCUUUCUUACUGCAGCAGCAGAGACAACACGAAACAGGAGAGGAAGAAGGAGAAGGAGGACAGCAGCUACAACAUUAUGAAGAACGGCAACUGGCGUUGGUGCCAUCGGGGGGGCAAGAGAGCGGUAGCAGCAGGACGUGGAGGGCAGCGGUUCGAGAGAACCAGGUGUUGAGGCUGGACAUGGACAGCAUGAGAUCCCGGGUACAUGAGCUGGAGAGGGAAUGCUCCACCAUGAAGAAGGCAAUCGCGAGGAUGGAUAAGCUAGGGGGUUGGAGGAACUCGCUAACCAAGAAGUUAGGAUGCAAGUUCAAGACGCAGGUGUGUGAUUCGCAUGAACGUACAGUGGUGGAAGCCAGGAAGCAGGGAAGACAUCAUCAUCAUCAUCAACCAACGAGCUUCUUGUAGUCUAGUCUGUCUUAUUAUUAUUAUUCUGUAAUCUCUGUACCACUACACUGUAUUUAUUUAUUAUCCCUAUUCAUUAUCAAUGAAUUCAAUUAUAUUU